UCUUUUUGUAGUUACAGCAGGAAACAGAGCAGAGAAAGAGAGAGAGUGUCUGUGUUUAGUGUUUCAGUAGGAGUAGCAGUCAUUGCAUAUUCAUCUUUUCUCACAAGCCAAACCCACCUCACCGACUGAAAGAUUCAAGGAUUUCUUCUCUUGUAAGCCAAACUUUCUCUAUAUGAAACUAAAGAUUUCUUUUUGAUUGUUGGGUUUCGCCAUUAAAGCUCUCACGCCAUUGCUCACGAGAAAUCGGUACUCCUCUGUCACGGAAAAGCAAUUCUUCUUCCCCCAAAAGUUCCCUCUUUUCUAUAUAAACACUUCAACAUCAGUCCAGUACUCUUCACCGCUUCUGAUUAGUGAUCACUACUUUUUCCUUUAAUGGCGGUGAAACAGAGACUCUGUAGUUUCCGUAUUCUGCAAUGCAUUUUGUUGUUGAUGUCUUUGUUACAUUGUAGAGUGCAUGUGCUGGCAAUGUUGGAUCCUCUUGAUUUCUUGGCUCUGCAAUCGAUUCGGAAGGGGCUUGAUGAUAUGCCCGGGUCGAAUUUCUUUGCUUCCUGGGAUUUUACUUCGGAUCCCUGUAAUUUCGCCGGAGUUUACUGUGAUUCUGAUAAGGUGAUUGCUUUGAACCUCGGCGACCCGAGGGCUGGGUCUCCCGGCCUGACGGGUCGGAUCGAUCCUGCAAUUGGGAAACUCUCUGCUCUUGCCGAGUUUUCAGUCGUUCCGGGUCGGAUUAUCGGUUCUCUGCCUCCGUCAAUAUCUCAAUUAAGGGAGCUCCGAUUUCUUGCUGUGAGCCGCAACUUCAUCUCCGGUGGGAUUCCGGCGACUCUGGGGCAGCUCCGGAAUCUCAAGACGCUCGAUCUCAGUUAUAAUCUGUUUACUGGAGAGAUACCUCAAGCCGUCGGAACUUUACCUGAGCUAUCCAACGUCAUUCUCUGCCACAACCACCUCUCCGGUUCGGUCCCUCCUUUCCUCUCCCAAAGCCUAACCCGGAUCGAUUUAAAGCACAACGAUCUUUCCGGUGCGGUGGCUCCAAGUUCCUUUCCCCCCUCGGUUCAAUAUCUCUCCCUAUCCUGGAACCGAUUCAGUGGCUCAGUGGAUGGCCUCCUAAACCGGCUCGACCAGUUGAACUAUAUCGACCUCAGCGUGAACCAAUUCACCGGCACAAUCCCGGGUCGGCUUUUCAACUUCCCGAUCACAAACCUUCAAUUGCAGAGAAACUCAUUCUCCGGCCCAAUUCAGCCGGCUGAUCAGGUUUCAAUCCCAACCGUCGAUCUCAGCUACAAUAAACUAUCGGGUCACAUAUCGCCAAUGUUCUCGAGCGUACAGAAUCUCUACCUGAACAACAACCAGUUCUCGGGUCAGGUUCCGGGUAGCUUGGUGGAUCGGUUACUGUCUUCAAGUAUACAAAUACUGUACUUGCAGCACAAUUUUUUGACCGGAAUUGAGAUAAAUCCGACGGCUGAUAUUCCUCUGAGUAGUUCACUGUGCCUACAGUAUAACUGCAUGGUCCCACCGGUACAGACGCCGUGCCCUCUCAAGGCUGGGAAGCAGAAGGUUAGGCCUACGACGCAGUGCGGGGAGUGGAGGGGGUAAUGAUUGGAAAUUCGGACACAUAUCGAGGGCAUUUUGGGAAAGAUGAAUGCUAGAAAAGUUGAUAUUGGUUUUUUAUUUUUUUAUUUUUUGAUUCAUUAAUUUAUUUAUUUAUUGUAAAAUUUAAGUAAAAUGUGCAAUAAUCAGAUCCAUUGAUGCUUGGGGAAAGUGUAGCUAUUUAGUGGAUAAUCUCUAUCAAUAUUGUAUAAUAUAUGUAGAUUUUUUUUGGGCCACAACAUUUGUAAGUCUGUUCCAAAUUUAUAUCAAACUGCUCUUAUUUGCGUAUU